AACAUUUGGUUUCUUAGUAACCGAUGAACAAAAAAAAAGAUAAGAUCACUAAUAUUUAUUUAUUUUUGUCAGACCUAAAUGUUAACAAAGCAUGUUGCACGGAGUUGCCAUUAAACCAGGGAGAAUUUCGAAAAUGUUUAAAUGGAAUAUGCACAAGAUACGUGUGUACAAUGCUCUAUUACCACGAAAAUUAUUUGGCACAAACCAAUCGCUCGUAGAGUGCAAGGAAUUCCAGAAAUUUAAAUUGAAGCAGGCAAAGAUGCAGUGUGAUGAUGGACUUCCAGUCUAUUUAAAAGGUGGCAUACGCGAUAAAAUUGUGUUUUACAUUCUAUCAAGUGUGGUCUUUGUUAACACAAUACUAUCAGUAUACACACUUAUUCAAUCAGAAUAUUGUGAUCAUAUGCCAAAGAAAUCAUAAAGAGUUCCCCUUUUAAACAGUUCAUGUCGGAACUUUUUCUCUAGAAGGUUCAGAUAUUUUAUUUGAUAUAAUCGAAUUUGUAAAUUAGAAUAUCUAAUUUCAUUUUAUGUAAAACAUCAAUACAUCUGAUAUAUUACACACGCAUUCAAACAUACACACGCGACUACAUGUUUUACAUACA